AUGCCGUGCAAGCUUGCCAUCACGUCCAUGUCGCUCGGUCGAUGCUGGGCGGGCCACUCCUUCAUAGCCAAGCUGGACGCCGCCCACAAGUAUGGAUACCAGGGUAUCGAGCUCUUCCACGAGGACCUCAUCGACGUAGCCGCACGGCUGUCAUCCGAAACCCCGCCUCCCUCGGAUCCGCCACGGUCAGCCCAGAUCGCCGCCGCGCGCCGCAUUCUGCGCCUCUGCCGGGCGCGGGACAUUGAGAUCAUCUGCCUCCAACCGUUCAGCCAGUACGAUGGGUUGCUUGACCGAGCUGAACACGCGCGCCGGCUGGAGCAGCUGCAGUUCUGGAUCCAGCUCGCCCACGAGCUCGAGACAGAUAUCAUCCAGAUCCCCGCCAACUUCCUCCCGGCCCGCUACGUGACCGAAGACCUGGACGUGAUCGCGUCCGACCUGCGCGAGGUGGCCGACAUGGGCCUGCGGGCGACCCCUCCCAUCCGCUUCGCCUACGAGAGCCUCUGCUGGAGCACGCGCGUCGACACGUGGGAGCGCUGCUGGGAGCUCGUCCAGCGCGUCGACCGCCCCAAUUUCGGCAUGUGCCUCGACACCUUCAACAUCGCCGGCCGCAUCUACGCCGACCCUGCUGUCGCGUCCGGCCGCACCGCCAACGCCGAGGAGGCGGUGCGCGAGUCCAUCGCCCGCCUCGUGCAGCAGGUCGACGUCAGCAAGGUGUUCUACGUCCAAGUCGUCGACGCCGAGAGGCUCGAGCAGCCGAUCGUUCCCGGCCACCCCUUCUACGAUCCCGAGCAGCCGGCGCGCAUGAGCUGGUCCCGGAACUGCAGGCUGUUCUACGGGGAGAAGGACCGCGGCGCCUACCUUCCGAUCAAGGAGAUCGCCCGGGCGUUUUUCCACGGCAUCGGCUUCCAGGGAUGGGUCAGUCUGGAGCUGUUCAACCGGCGCAUGGCCGACAAGGGCCCCGAGGUGCCUGAGGAGCUGGCCAAGAGGGGCGCAGACUCGUGGAUCCGGCUGCAGAAUGAUCUGGGCUUGGUCGUGGACAAGGCGCCACCGCCAGUCGAGAGGAUGUAUGCGUCUUUGUAG